AUGGCGCACACAUCGAAGGACGAUAAGUCUUUUGACAUUUUACGCAAUUGCACGUUGUGUGAUAAAUUACAAAUGGUGUUUGCUAGAUUCGGAAUACCGGAAAGAGUGGUAUCAGACAAUGGUCCUCCGUUCAACAGUGCUGAGUAUACGCUCUUUGCAAGUGAGUGGGGCUUCGAGAUCAAGAAUAGUAGUCCAAAAUAUCCACAGUCGAACUACUGAUGGGAAGAAAACUACGCACUACGGUUCCAAUCUUCCACACCCUUUUGCAUCCAAAGUGUGUUGAUGUUCAAAAGUUGCAACAGAAAGAAGAUGCUAGCAAGUUAAAGCAAAAACAGUAUUUUGAUAGUAAACAUCUUGCCAAACCAUUACAACCCUUAAGUCCUCGGACAGAAGUUCAGAUCAGCACCCACCAUGAACCUGGAGUGAUACGACAAGAAACUGAAAACACGAGACAAUAUGAAGUGGAAACACCUACUGAAACUAUAAAAAGAAAUAGAGUACAAUUGGUUCCUCUACCUCCAGAAAAAGAAACCGGAAUAAAAACUAAAGAACAUGCUAAUCCAGAACUGAACAUUCAUUCGAGACCAAAGAGAACUAUAAAAGUUUCUCUCAAAGCAAGGGAAAGUAGACACGUUGUGUAA